UGUGCCCCCACCCUCCUGGAGAGCCCUGCAUGCCCCGGCUGCAGGCAGCAGUCACGUGCAGGCCCUUCAUUAGGCCGUGCCAUAUAAGCCGAGGGCACUGAGCGGCUGGAAACUCUCUAGCAAGGGUCCAGCAAGCAGAGGCCAUGCUGACUGCAGUGCUGCUGACCUGUGUCCUGCUAUUGGCACUGCCCGUUAUGCAGGGGGCCCAGAUGGGCUUGGCCCCCCUAGAGGGCAUCAGAAGGCCUGACCAGGCCUUGUUCCCAGAGCUCUCAGGUCUGCGCCUUCCAGCCCCACUGAAGAAGACAUCUGCAGAACAAGCAGAAGAAGCUCUGUUGCAGGAGGCCGAGGCUUUGGCAGAGGUGCUAGACGCGCAGGACCGUGAGCCCCGCUCCCCGCGUCGCUGCGUACGGCUGCACGAAUCCUGCCUGGGACAGCAGGUACCGUGCUGCGACCCGUGCGCCACAUGCUACUGCCGCUUCUUCAAUGCCUUCUGCUACUGCCGAAAGCUGGGUACUGCCAUGAACCCCUGCAGCCGCACCUAGCUGGCCGAUGUCGGGGUCGGGGUUGGGGCAGGGAAACGCGAAUAAAGGAUGGGACUAAC